AUGCUUCAAAAAACGGAACCCCAUCGUCUUGCUUGUGGAUUUGUGAUCGACUCAAAGAUUCCUCUAUGGGCGUACCGCGAAGAAGAGCGACUACUCGGAGCCAGUUUGACAGUGAAUGCCGUUGAAUGUGAACAAGACGUCGUCUACAAGGUGCGCGCGCACGGAGUGAAAGAUCCCAUCGAGAAGGCCAAAAUCAAAACGACCGCAAAAGGAGUGGUGAAAGCCGGCGAUCUUGAGCAUGUAUUUGUGCAAUUCUCAAACGAAAGCUUGAAUUCGAUUUGCUUGACCGUUUCGGUGGACGGAGUUGAAUAUCCGGUUGACAUUGACCGCAACGAAUGCUUCUUUACUCCAAAGAAAAAAGUGGAAUUGAAUAUCGAGCGUCUUGGUCUCGCGACCCCGCUGCGUGCCGGUCUCUCCUCGCAUCCGACUCCGAUGAAAUCACUGGCUCAAUCGGCGGCUCGUGUGUACAACUCGUUGAAACCUCCACCCUCAACUCGUUCCACCUCUCUUCCACCAUCAUUAGGUCGACGACUUGUCUCGCCGAGGAAUCGCCGUCGAUCGCAGACGCCAAUCAAAGCACCCAGUUUUGAGGACACGAUCACCACGCAGAGCCACAUCUCCGUUUCGACAACCACGUGUGGUUCGCUGCCGGGAGUCACCGAGGAACACUUUAAACGGCUUGAAGAGUUGCUUCCGAGAGCCGGCACUGUGACGACAGACGAAUUAUGGAUGCUGACCUACUACUUUGUCAUGGAUGUGUUUGUGUCGAUGGGCCACUAUUCAAGGCAAUGGUUCAUGUCGGGUGGACCGGAAACGAAAUUUUUGCGCCAUGCAUGUGAGAAGAAGAUUUUCUGGGAACCAGAGAUGACACUCGAGUGCCUGGUGGUGACAAUGAUGAUCGACUAUCUCGAGAAACACGUGGCCGACUUGGAGAGAGAAGACCACGAGGAGAAACCCGCUGACCCUGUCAACCCAGCCGAACUUCAAACCACACCCGCUGUCGAAUGGUUCAACAAAUUA